GCUAUUGGUCGAAGGACUGUCAGAAAAUUCCUGAACGCUCUCACGCAUCUCACCGGCGCACCGCAUGUUGCUGCCCAGUUUCAUGGAACAAGAACAAGGGUGGAUCACUGUCCAUUGACUGGAAGCCACCGUACUUACUGCUGCCGCCUUUAACACUUGACCACAUUUUUGUUUUUCCUCAGAAUUUAACGACGAUUAGUUAGCUAUUGACGAUGUCAGUUGUAGGUUUUGACGUGGGGUUUAUGAACUGCUAUGUAGCAGUAGCCAGAGCCGGAGGGAUUGAAACUGUCGCUAAUGAAUACAGCGACCGAAGUACACCAGCAUGUGUCUCAUUCGGCCCCCGGAAUCGGUCUAUUGGUGCAGCUGCAAAAAGCCAGGUCGUCACAAACUGCAAGAACACGGUUCAAGGGUUCAAGAGGUUCCAUGGCAGAGCCUUUUCCGAUCCGUUCGUGCAGUCCAUCAAAAACAGCCUGGUCUAUGACCUCGCACAGAUGCCCACGGGAACAACGGGCAUCAAGGUGAUGUACAUGGAGGAGGAGAAGGUGUUCAGCAUCGAGCAGGUCACCGCCAUGCUGCUGACCAAGCUGAAGGAGACGGCUGAGAGCGCACUGAAGAAGCCCGUGGCCGACUGCGUGGUGUCUGUCCCGUGCUACUACACUGAUGCUGAGAGGAGAUCAGUGGUAGAUGCUGCUCAGAUUGCUGGACUCAACUGCCUGAGGCUUAUGAAUGAGACCACUGCAGUGGCUUUGGCGUAUGGAAUUUAUAAACAGGACCUCCCUGCACCUGAGGAGAAGGCCAGGAAUGUGAUUUUUGUGGAUUUGGGCCACUCUGGAUACCAGACGUCAGUGUGUGCCUUUAAUAAGGGCAAACUCAAGGUCCUUGCCACAGCCUGUGACCCACAGUUGGGAGGGAAAGAUUUUGACGAGAUGCUGGUCAAGUUUUUCUGUGAGGAGUUUGGCAAGAAGUACAAGCUGGAUGUAAAGUCUAAGCCCAGGGCUCUGGUCAGGCUCUACCAGGAGUGUGAGAAGCUGAAGAAACUGAUGAGCGCCAACUCCUCGGACCUGCCGCUGAACAUCGAGUGCUUCAUGAACGACAUUGAUGUCACUGGGAAGAUGAACAGGGGUCAGUUUGAAGAGAUGUGUGCCGAUGUUUUGGCCCGAGUUGAGCCUCCCCUUUACAGCUUGUUGGAACAAGCCAAACUAAAAAAGGACGACAUCUAUGCAGUGGAGAUAGUUGGCGGAGCGUCCAGGAUCCCCGCAGUCAAAGAGAGAAUCGGCAAGUUCUUUGGGAAGGAGCUGAGCACCACGCUGAAUGCGGAUGAGGCGGUGGCCAGAGGAUGUGCCCUGCAGUGCGCCAUUCUGUCUCCGGCCUUCAAAGUCCGCGAAUUCUCCAUCACAGACGCCGUUGCGUACCCGAUCUCUCUGAAGUGGCAUUCCGCCGCAGAGGAAGGCCUGAGCGAUUGUGAGGUGUUCCCAAGGAACCACGCAGCCCCCUUCUCCAAAGUGCUGACCUUCUAUCGGAAAGAGCCUUUUUCUUUGGAGGCCUACUACAGUUCUCCUAAUGAGCUGCCUUAUCCUGACCCCACCAUUGGUCAGUUUCUGAUCCAGAAGGUUGUCCCACAGGCCACUGGAGAGAGCUCUAAGGUGAAGGUCAAGGUGAGGGUGAACAUUCACGGCAUCUUCAGCGUGUCCAGUGCCUCCCUGGUUGAAGUCCAGAAGUCUGACGACACGGAGGAACCAAUGGAAACCGAACAACCCGCUGACAAAGAGGCAGAGAGCAAAAUGCAGACCGAUCAGGAGCAGCAGGCUCAGGGCGACGCUCAGAAAGAAACGGAGGAGAAGACGCCACCAGAGAAUGAAGAGAUGGAGACCAGCACAGAAGAGGGUAAAAGCGAGAAGAAGUCCGACCAGCCCCCACAAGCCAAAAAGGCCAAAGUUAAAACAAAAGUUCUGGAGCUUCCAAUAGAAAACAGUCCACAGUGGCAGCUAGCCAACGACAUGCUCAAUCUUUUUGUAGAGAACGAGGGAAAGAUGAUCAUGCAGGACAAGCUGGAGAAAGAGAGGAAUGAUGCCAAGAAUAACGUGGAGGAGUAUGUGUACGACAUGAGGGACAAACUGCACGGGUUGCUGGAGAAGUUUGUCAGUGAAUCGGAUCGAGAUACUUUGUCAUUGAAGCUGGAGGACACAGAAAACUGGCUUUAUGAAGAUGGAGAGGACCAACCCAAGCAGGUGUACAUUGACAAGCUGGCAGAGUUGAAGAAACUUGGCCAGCCAAUCCAGGAGAGGUAUAUGGAGGCUGAAGACAGGCCCAAAGCUUUUGAGGAGUUGGGGAAGCAAAUUCAGCAGUACAUGAAAUUUGUUGAGGCCUACAAAAUGAAGGAUGAGCUGUACGACCACUUAGAAGAAGCAGAUGUCACCAAAGUGGACAAACAGACCAACGAUACGAUGAUCUGGAUGAACAGUGCCAUGAACCAGCAAAGCAAGCAGAGCUUGACACUUGACCCAACUUUCAAAGUCAAAGACAUUCAAGCAAAAACAAAGGAGCUGUUCACUGCUUGUAAUCCAAUUGUUAGCAAGCCCAAACCCAAGGUGGACCUUCCCAAGGAUGAGGCAUCCGCAGAGCAGAACGGUCCCGUGAACGGACAGGAGAAGCCCCAGGAAGGAGCUGCAGAUAAGGGAGCGGCUGACAACACAGGCAAUCCAAGUUCAGACACUACGGAGAGCAAGCCUGACAUGGACCUUGAUUAAAGCAGCCUAACGCCUCCUGAAGCCAAGCUGAACAGGAGCUUAAUGAGUCAGAGUGAGAUGCAGCCUGGCUGCAUAUCAGAGCUGGUGAAGUGUUUCAGGAACUGCACACAGUCACAAGCAGGCAGGGUGUUGAGCACUCUGAGCUCAACUUGUGGUGGUACCUCUGUCUGAUGACAUAGCAUGCCCUCUCUCUUUCUGGAUGACUUAAAUCAAAAGCCAGCUGCAAUAACUCUGUUUGACAACGAGCGCUGUACACAUGAUGGUAUUUAUUUCUGUUGUGUGCUCUGUAAGUGUUCUGGUCUGUGUCACAAUAUGGUUUUAAUAAAGUGAUUGAAACUC